CAACACUGGUGGAGACACCCAGCAAGUGCUUUCCCCACAACCGGAUUGCUUCCUUUUCCAGUCAAGAAGACCACAAAGUUCAACAAUGGCCAUCACUGACAUCCUUUCUGCUAAAGAUAUUGAAUCUGCUCUCUCCAGCUGCCAGGCUGCUGAUUCCUUCAAUUACAAGUCUUUCUUCUCCACGGUUGGUUUAUCCAGCAAAACUCCUGAUCAGAUAAAGAAAGUUUUUGGAAUUCUUGAUCAGGACAAGAGUGGUUUCAUUGAAGAAGAGGAGCUUCAGCUGUUUCUGAAGAAUUUCUCUUCGAGUGCCAGAGUUCUAACCACUGCGGAGACCAAGGCUUUUCUGGCUGCAGGUGAUACUGAUGGAGAUGGUAAAAUUGGAGUGGAAGAAUUCCAGUCUCUGGUGAAGGCAUAAACAGCAUUAGACCAAAGGCAACCUUGGACUGACUCUUCCAAUUACCUCCUCCAACAAGCACCUCACACUCAGCAUGUGUUUGUACAUUUUUAUACUGUUUCAAGGCAUCAGCAAAAUCGCCAUGUAUCAACCCCACACACAGGAUUGCUGAGAGAUCUUGCAAUGUACAAAUGUUUUGGUCACGUGGCAUUGUUAUAUUUCUAUUGUAAAGAAGGCACUUUGUGAUUUUUAUUGAACUUGUGGCUGGAUGAAGGGAGAAAAGCAAAAAAAAAAAAACUUUGGGGGAAAAAAAACUGCUUUUUUUUAUUCUGUUCAGGUUGUCCAUGCCAUACCGACUCGCCACCUCUCCUCACAGACACAGUUCUGAUGAUCUUAAACAAUAUGAUAUCUUUUAAAGCUUAACUGUCCUGAUUUGGUGGAGUUUUAUUUCUGCUUAAUUCUCUGAUCCUUGAGGAAAAGAAAUGCUAACAAGAUAGCUAAAAAUAAUCUAUAUUCAGUUCCAGUGCUGAGACUAUGAGAAAAAAAUUAAGAGGAGUUGACACAUAGCUCAAAGCAUGGAAUAAACGUGUGGGUAAUUUAAAAAAAUCAAGUACUAGGCUACAGCAUAUAUCGUCAGAGAGUGUUUAUGGCCUAAAAUGAAACUCUCCCUUAAGCAGAUUUAUCUUUCAUGAAAUCUAAGGCAGCUGUGAGACAGGGGAGAAGGUUCUAAUCCCAACUCUGCCACUGUCAAAAGUCACAGUCCCUUGAUGACCCAUGUCCUAGGACUCGGGGGGGCGAUUCUGUUAAUCAUGAGCACGUUGCUUA